AUGUCCAUUUACGCAUUAUAUAUUUCAUUAUUUCUCCAUGGAUAUGUGCAAAUAUCGAACAGUCUUUUUGCUGAAACGAGCUGUGGUGUUGUCAAAGGUUUUAUGAGCAAUGGCAUUGUACAGUUCCUUGGUAUUCCAUAUGCUCUUCCACCAACAGGAAUCCGUCGAUUUCAUAAACCUAUCGAACUUACAACAAAUGAUUUGUGUGCUGAAGCCUGGAACAUCACGUCACUCCAUCAAGAACUAAUUGGAAAUGAAGACUGCCUGUAUCUUAACAUCUUUAUGCCUCCAACUCACAAACUAGACGAACUCCACCCUGUCAUUUUUAUAAUUGGUGGGUUUUUUUUCAACUAUGGUGGAGCGUCGAACGGGUCAGCGUUCUUUCACCAGCCUGACCCGGAAACAGUUACUAAAAUGAACGUUAUAUAUGUUACCCUUAACUAUCGACUGGGACCAUUUGGGUUUCUGACACAUCCCUCCACAAAAGUGUCAAAUAUCGGCAUUCGGGAUCAGCUUGCAGGGCUUCGGUGGGUUCGCACCAACAUACGCCAAUUCGGGGGAGAUCCCCUCAAGAUUACCAUCUUUUCUUAUGGAUCGGGCGCAACAACAGUAUUAGCUCUUCUUGGUUCCACCAUUGCCCAAAAUCUUUUUGAAAAGGCCUGGAUCAGUGCUCCGGCUCUCCAAGAACCGGGAAUAUCACUCGAUUCGGCGGUCAAGUCGUCCGCACACAUUUUUGAUUGUGCGAACUCUGUGUGUCCCAAGACAGGAGAAGAAAUCUUAAGGCUUUGGAAUUGGAGUAUUGUUGAGUCUUGGAUAGAACAAUCAUUUACCAUUCCAUCUUCUUCUAACAUUGCUUGUCUUCCUGGACUACCGUGCCAUGGAGGAAUUCUGGUUUUAGAUGGUGAGGUCGUCACAAACAACUCGUGGAACUCCCAAAUGUCUCCGAUACCAAUUGUAGUGGGCCAAAAUUCCCACGAAGCUGAGGCUUACCCGUUUCCUAACACCGUUCAACUCUGGACACUGUCUGCGAUGACUGAUUAUAUCAAAAGCAUUUUUGGAAAGACCAGUUCAGAGUUCAAACUCAUAACCAGAUUCUACCAUUUAGAAGAAGCCGUGGAUGAAAUCCACCCUGAGAAUCGCUCUUUAAAAAUGCCAAAUAUUGUUGAAAAAUACUCUCAAAUCGUAACGGAUAUUCGCGUCACGUGUCCAUUACAAUAUUAUGCAAGGUCUCUUCGACGUGUACAGCCUACCUUUCGUUAUUACAUUCGCAGCCAUCAUGCUCACUUUAAUCCAUAUGGCCUUGACUCCUUUGUAUCCUCAGCAUUUCAUGGCUGGGACGCAUUUCUACUCUUCAAAACCUAUCGAAUCCAUCCCGAUUAUAGAUACGCUGCCGAAAAGACUUUAUCUUCGGAAAAAUCACUGGAAAAACUAAGUGACAACUUUUGCACUUCCCUGAAGCAUUUUAUCUGGCGAGGUAACUUAUUUCCUGAAAAGGCGAAUACUCUUUUGACAAUUUUUGAGAAUGACAUUGUCUACUCUACUUCAGUAGAUGAAUUGUCAAUGUGCAAAGAAUGGAAUAGUCUUCUUUCUAACUCCCCUUACCUCUACGCUUGGAAGGCGUAG